AGGUCCAAUAAAUAGAUGACUUCAGAUUUUACAGAGUUCUGAUUUUUUGUCAUAACGCUGGAAGCCACCAUUGAUUUUGAUUCAGGAAGCCAAAGAAGAGAUGGGAAGCAUUAGCGGUGCUCUAACAUCGCAUUUGCAGCUCAGUCAUUGCCGUUUCUCUGCUCGAACCUCUCAGUCUCAGCUUGCUUUAGCUCCAAUUAGCCCGACGUUGAGAAGGUCGAAGUUGCGAUUCACCGGUUUGCUCAGCCGUAAAAAUUUCAACAGAUUUGUGUGUUCUGCGGUUGAUGACGACGUAAGAGAGAAACAGACGGAGUUGGGUGGUGGAAAAGGCUCCACCGUCGUUGAAGAUGUGCCAGAUAUCGCCGAGAAUUCAACAAAUGGGGCUCCGGAAAGAAGUGAUAUAUAUAACUUUCUCUAUCCCAGUAAAGAUCUACUUCCAGAUGAUAAAGAAAUGAGCGUGUUUGAUCAUCUUGAAGAGCUACGUCAGAGGAUAUUUGUGUCAGUUUUGGCUGUGGGAGCUGCAAUUGUUGGAUGCUUUGCAUUUUCGAAAGAACUCAUUUUAAUUCUUGAAGCACCAGUUAAGGAACAAGGUGUAAGGUUCCUGCAGCUUGGUCCUGGGGAGUUUUUCUUUACAACAUUGAAGGUAUCAGGAUACUGUGGCCUUCUUCUUGGAAGUCCUGUCAUCCUCUAUGAGAUUAUUGCGUUUGUUCUUCCAGGAUUGACAAAGGCAGAAAGACAGUUUCUGGCACCUAUCGUCCUAGGCUCCUCUAUACUUUUCUAUGCAGGAAUUGCCUUCUCCUAUAUAGUUUUGACACCAGCAGCCCUAAAUUUCUUUGUUAGUUAUGCUGCAGGAGCUGUUGAAUCCUUGUGGUCUAUAGAUCAAUACUUCGAAUUUGUACUUGUUCUUAUGUUCAGUACAGGCUUGUCUUUCCAGGUUCCAGUAAUUCAGAUUCUACUUGGACAAGUUGGCCUAGUCUCAGGAGACCAAAUGCUAUCUAUUUGGAGAUACGUUGUUGUUGGUGCAGUGGUGGCAGCUGCUGUACUCACACCAUCAACAGAUCCCCUAACUCAGGUACUUCUAGCAGCUCCCCUGCUGGGCCUUUACUUGGGGGGUGCUUGGGUGGUCAAGCUCUCAGGGCGAUAGAUUUGACCUUCUUUUUCAGCUCUGUGAGGAUUCUGUACAUUCAUAAUUUUAUGUAGUAUAAUUGUGACACCAAUUAAUAGAAAGGUAUAUUUGUUCUAUGGAUCGUUC